ACUCCUCGCAUAAUAUAUCGCGAGAUUACGCUUCUAAUUAUCUGUCGCCGCGCGUUACAUUAGUUUGUUCAAGCAGGCUUGCGUAACAGUCGCGCUAACAUCGCGCGAGCUGGAGUUUCGUGAAUAUAAACGCCGCUAACCAAGCACGUAAAAUAAAGAACCGAACGCGACGAAGAACCCGCGGGCUACAGCGAGCUACAUUUAUUAUCGGCCGUCACGUCCAUCGGCAAGUGAAAUUCUCGGGAAGUAGGUCGCAAACGCGCGUUAAUACGACACAGGAAGCAAGUUUGAGCGACGUUUCCUCAAAAGCCCCUCUAUUCGCGCGACCUCAAUGAGAGGUCGCCGUUAGGAAAACCUCGAAAGCCGAGCUGAAAUUGAUUAAAAUCCGCGAUCGAUGCGCGAGUGAAGAGGACGCUACUCGCGGUGUCGCGGAUACUUGCGGCCUUGGAUGCCUCUCGUACUCGGGGAGUGAAGUGAGCGCGUUAUCACCGUCGGUGUUACCAGGAACGAUGCUACGAUUAGUCGGACAGGCGCGUUAUUCUCUCAGUUUGCGAACCGCGAGAACGACCGUCGCGCGAAAGGAGGUCUUCGGAUGUCACGAGUGAUUAUUGUUGCGAAAGAAAGAAAGCGCAUAGUACGCUCGAAAGUAGCGCGCGCUCGGGAAACACGUGCCGAGGUAGCAGCAGCUGAUUGUCCGUCCAGGCGACUCGCUGGAACUCCCCGAGAGGAGUCUCGACCGGAGAUGCCGGCAAUUAUGCGAAGUCGUUGCGAAUGCCACGAGUAAAAGCGAAAGCGUAGAGCUGUAAAUCCCGCGGAGAUCAACGUUGGGCGGAUCGAGCCGAUCUAAUCUAAUCGCGAAGUGCCGGGCACCCGCGUCGAAAUUUCGAGGAGAUGCUGCCCGCUUGACGGACAUGGUGAAGGAAAAGCCGCGCAGCCGGAGUGUGAGCGAUCUGCUCGAUUGGAGAUGCGUAGCCGGAUGCAAGGACGCCGUCGCCGUGAUCGACACCGGCGAUGGGGAAGGGCUCUUCCUGGAGGAUCGUGACAGGGAGCCGGAAACGCGCCGACGAAAACGAUCCGGUACAUGGCCGAGGACAAGGAGUUUAAAUGCACCCAAUCCGUACCAACUGUUCGGGCGAUGUGGGCGUAUCAUGAAAAAUUCUGCGUCAGUUGUGGCUAUCCAAGAUCCAGCUUCUCAGAGGUUGACGUGGUACAAGCCACCGCUCACCGUUCUGGUCAUCAAAAAAGUCCGCGAUUCGGCGGUCCUGCCGCCGUUUGUUGAGAUGGUCACAUGGCUGAUACAGGAGAAACAAAUGGUGGUCUUUGUGGAAGCUUCCGUUUUGGAAGAUCCGGCAUUGGCCAGAGAUCCCAGGUUCCAAGGUGUUCGUGACAAAUUGCAAACCUUCAGGGACGGAGAUGACUUGCAGGAUCGUAUCGAUUUCAUCAUCUGCCUGGGCGGCGACGGCACUCUCCUCUACGCUUCUCUGCUGUUUCAACAAUCGGUGCCGCCCGUAAUGGCAUUCCACCUCGGCUCCUUGGGUUUUCUCACCCCCUUCGAGUUCGACAAUUUCCGAGAACAGGUGACCAACGUUCUCGAAGGUCACGCGGCCCUGACCCUACGGAGUCGUCUGAGAUGCAUCAUCGUGCGCAGGAACGAGGAGGGUCAGCCGGAAAAGGCGCCAACGAAACUGUUGGUGCUGAACGAGGUGGUGGUGGAUCGGGGACCCUCACCUUACCUGUCCAACAUCGACCUUUUCAUUGACGGCAAGCACGUGACGAGCGUCCAGGGUGACGGCUUGAUCGUGAGCACGCCGACCGGGUCGACCGCCUACGCGGUCGCCGCCGGUGCCAGUAUGAUGCAUCCUUCAGUUCCUGCCAUCAUGAUCACACCGAUCUGCCCUCACUCUUUGUCCUUCAGGCCGAUCGUCGUACCUGCCGGCGUCGAACUCAAGAUCUCGGUUUCACCCGACAGCAGGAAUUCCUCGUGGGUGUCCUUCGACGGUAGAAAUAGGCAGGAGCUGCUGCACGGUGACAGCCUCAGAGUGACUACUUCGAUUUACCCGGUGCCUAGUAUUUGCGCGACCGACCAGAUCACCGAUUGGUUCGAUUCCUUAGCGGAAUGCCUUCACUGGAACGUCAGGAAGCGACAGAAGCAUUUGGACGAAUUGAGCGAUCUCACGCAUUCAUCCAGCAACGACACCCUGGACUCCCUCGAUCGAGACAGCUAGGUCGGGCGGGCCACAAGUGGCAAACCGUAGCACACAAUCGACAAUAUUUGACCAAGUCUUCGUGCACUCACUCGGCUGACGAAACCCCGUGAAUCGAAGAUCGAUCGGACAAUUCUACAGUAAAAGGCCGAUACAAUUACCUGUUGAUUCGUCGGAUCAAAGGACUCGAAAAAGUGAGAUCGAGAGAGAGAAUCGUUUGUAUUCAAAGCGCGAUCACACAGAGUUAAUAUUUUAUCGGCACGUUUUUCGCGCGUCUCGUAGCAUUUUCGACGACACUGUGGGCACAAAAAGCGGGCGAUCAAUGACGUGAUUUCCGCUAUCCGAAAUCUCGCGUGGAAUAACACGACGACUGAAUGUCGGUAAUGUUGUGCUUUAUAAGUUCGUCUUCUGAUACAGAAGAUACAAAUAUGAGUGUAACUAUUGUUAUUGGGGUAUUGUAAAUUUUACAGGUGGAGUUUGACCAACAUUAAGUAGUCCAAAUCAUAAAGUAACGCUUGAACCACGCGAUUGUGUACUCUAUGUUAGUCCUAAUCGAUCUUGAUUGAUUUUAGUUAAAAAGAAAAAAAUCCCAAUCGUAAAGUGCAUUUGUGUUUUCAGAGAAAAUUUGUAUUAGCAGUAAAGUAUCGUUCAAUUUAUUAUUGUGAUUACAAACUACUUGUACUUGCGUACAAUGCUCUUUGCGCGUUUGAGUACAUCAGAUUAAAUCAACUUCAAAAUGUUCUUUCUCCGCAAAACGGUGUAUGAAUUGUUGAUCCGAAAAUGCAUCACAAGUAUUUUGUAUUCUAUAUAUCGGAAUUGCAUUAUUUGUAUAGAUAACUCUUAUCUUUUAGUAUUCUUCUAGGUUAACAUGAUUUAAGUUAACCGUCAUCAACAAUGUUCUUGCUUCUUUUUUACUGAUUGUAACGGUGAUUCAGUGUAAAUCGAUUUACUGGGAAUCGCAUCGAACAUACUUUUUCUUACAAUAUAAGCCUUUCUAAUAAAAUCUGUUUUGUACAACA